AUGUCGCUGAUCCAGCUGUACAUUCCAGCUGAGGUUGCGCAGCCCACCGUCUCUGAGCUAGGAGAGCUAGGCCUUGUUCAGUUUCGCGAUCUCAACCCAGACGUGAAUGCCUUUCAGCGUGCCUUUGUCGGCGAGAUUAGACGCUUUGACGAGAUGGAAAGACAGCUUCGUUUCUUCACCACGCAGAUUGAAAAGGCUGAAAUCCCUAUUCGCCCCUCCAUCCCUUCGUCAUAUAUGACACGCGCCCGUUCGCGCCAGGAGUUGGAUGAUCUCGAAGAGCGUCUCUCUGAGCAUGAGAACCGUCUGCUCCAGAUGAACAACUCGCACGAGACUAUGCAGCGCCGAUUCCUGGAGCUCACCGAGUUGAAGCAUGUCCUUCGCGAGACUGCCGAGUUUUUUGAAGAGGCUGCUUCACACCAGGAAGAUAUUCGCCAUUCGUUCGACGAACCUAGCGCCCCACUUCUAGACGAUCUAGAGACUGGUCCCUCGCAAGAGGCUCAUAGCGCCGGCCUUCAGCUUGGCAACGUCACCGGUGUCAUUCCUCGGAGCAAAAUGCAGACAUUCGAGCGCAUCCUCUGGAGAUCACUUCGCGGCAACUUGUACAUGAACACUGCUGAGAUCGAGGAGCCCAUCAUCGACCCCUCGACGGACGUGGUUGUUGAGAAGAACGUCUUCAUUAUCUUUGCUCAUGGACGCGAGAUUCUCGCUAAAAUCAAAAAGAUUGCUGAGUCCCUGGGUGCGACUUUGUACCCCAUUGAUCCAUCCAUGGACCGUCGCAGGGAGGCCCUAAUCGAUGUCAUCCGUCACAUUGAGGAGUUCAACUCUGUCCUCGUCAACACGACCCAAACCCGUCGCCAGGAAUUGAUGCGUAUCUCUGAGAACCUGACUGCAUGGAUGACGAUCGUCAAGAAGGAAAAGGCGACCUAUCACACGAUGAACCACUUCAAUUACGACAUCAACCGCAAGUGUUUGAUUGCUGAGGGAUGGUGCCCCACGAAUGAGAUUAACACUAUUCAGACCGCUCUUCGCGGUGUCACGGAGCGUUCAGGAUCCAUGGUACCUUCAAUCUUGAACGAAUUACGGACGCACAGGGAGCCUCCCACCUUCCACAAGACGAACAAGUUCACUGCAGGAUUCCAGGCCAUUGUUGACGCUUAUGGUAUGGCCCGUUACCGCGAGGUCAACCCCGGUCUCUUCACCGUCAUCUCCUUCCCCUUCCUAUUCGCUGUCAUGUUCGGUGAUGUUGGUCACGGCAUUCUGGUCUUGCUUGCGGGUAUCUAUUUGGUUUGGAAUGAGCGCAAGCUGGCUCAUAUUGACAGUGAGAUGUUCCAAAUGGUCUAUGGUGGUCGCUACAUCGUUCUGCUCAUGGGAGCCUUCUCCAUCUUUACGGGAAUGAUGUACAACGAUAUUUUCUCGCGUGCUCUGCCUUGGUUCCAGACUGGCUGGCAUUUCAACGUUCCUGAUGACUAUGACGGCAAGACUGUGAUUGUUGCCGAGCCCACGGGUCACACCUACCCCUUCGGUAUCGAUUAUGCCUGGCACGGCACAGAGAACUAUCUUCUGUUCACCAACUCAUACAAGAUGAAAAUGUCUGUGGUUCUUGGAGUUAUCCACAUGUCGUUCGGUAUCUGCAUGGUCUACUACAAUGCUAAGUUCUUCCGCAAGCGCAUCGACAUCAUCGGAGGCUUCAUCCCCCAGAUCCUGUUCAUGCAGUGCCUGUUUGGAUACCUAGUCAUGAUGAUUAUCUACAAGUGGACCGUUGACUGGUUUGAGACCGAUGCUGCAGGACACGCUGUACGCAACACUCCUCCAAGCUUGCUCAACACCAUGAUCUACAUGUUUCUGAGUCCUGGGUCUGUCAAUGAGUCCGACAAGUUGUAUGCAGGACAGAGCUUCAUUCAAGGAUUGUUGGUGCUUGUGGCGUUCAUUUGCAUUCCCUGGAUGCUGUUCUUGAAGCCGUAUUACCUCAAGCAUGAGCACAACAAGGCCCGAUCGAUGGGAUACCAUCAGCCAUCGGAGAACCAUGUUCGUAUCAGUACCGACAGCAAUCACUCGGACGAGGCUGGCGGUGCUGUUGUCGCCGAUGAUGUUGAGCAUGAGGAGGAAUUCGAGUUUUCGGAGGAGCUGAUCCACCAAGUCAUUCACACGAUCGAUUUCUGUUUGGGAUGUAUCUCCAACACGGCUUCGUACCUUCGACUCUGGGCCCUUUCUCUGGCACACGCACAGCUCUCGGAGGUGCUCUGGUCCAUGACCUUGGGCUUGGCUUGGUCGAUCACUGGCCCCGUGGGAACGUUUAUGACGAUCGUUAUGUUCGCGCUCUGGUUCUCGUUGACGAUCUUUAUCCUGGUCGGUAUGGAGGGUCUGUCUGCGUUCUUGCACGCCCUUCGUCUGCACUGGGUCGAAUUUAACAACAAGUUCUACAUGGGCGAUGGAUAUGCCUUCGAGCCCUUCUCGUUUGCAGCCGUUCUUUCCGAGAAGGAUGCUUGA